GCGCACACAGCCAUCGUCUUACACGCAUCGGCGUGCUCAUUGCAUUGAUGCUGGGAGGUGCCUUUGUCGCCCGCGGUAUCUUCAUUAACCGCCAGAUGCAGGAUGCCAGCCCAUUCGUUGCAUUCAGCGUGCUCAACGGCGUUGCCCCCAACUUUAUCAGUCUCGUCAACUACCUUCUGCUGGUUAAUAUGCUCAAAUCGCUGACAAUAACUGGGUUCCACGUGUUUGCCAUCGUCAUGUCGGUAACCUUUGGUGCACUGUCAGGAGCCGGAUCUGGGCUAAUGCAGGGUACUGCGUCUCUAAACCAGCUCAAGACCGCAUCGGACUUGCUCAAGGCCAGUAUUGCCGGACAAGUUGCCAACAAUGCGCUGCUAAUGGUAUCCACCAGCUUCUUCUUGGCCAAGUAUGCUGAGGCUCGCACAAAGCCAGCAUGGUACGCAAACAUUUACAUCGGCGGACUUCUGGUCUUGUUGCGCAACGUCUUCAAGCUCGUUGCCAUGUUCUACCCACAGGUCACGUUUAUGGUGACCAGUGAGGCCGCCUGGUAUUGUGUCGACCCGAUGCUGAACAUGCUGGCUCUAUUGACAUGGGUAGUGCUAGACAUGCCACGUCGUUGCCAGCCGCCAGUUCAGUCAAGCCAGUAUCAGCAGCAGAGUGAUGCCUACCCUAAAUAUUAGUUAUCCUCCACUUUUGUCAAUUAAUACCUUGUAUUUUGCUACCAGACUGAUGGCGCUCACAAUGUGUGCUUAGCUAGUCAGUAAGAGAUCUAGACAGUCGAUAAUGUAGCAGAGAACCUGCCAUGGGGCUUUAGGGCAGGAAACUAUUGUAUAAUCAGGUGUUUCCAUCGAGUAGUUGCCGCCGUACAUCACCGAGUCAAGCCCCACAUCAGGGUAUGUCGCGGCUGGCAAGCGCAAAAGUUAAAUAGCUGAAUGUAAAGGAAGGGUUUGUAGAGGGGUGAGGGGUUAGAAAAGGCAGAUAACACAGGAAGGGCGGCUUUUACAUGUAGGUUGUGUGUUGACCAACGAGCCAACGGUUCCGAGUCUGAGUACCG